AGCCAAUAGAAACACGCCGUGUUCGUCACUGCUGAGAGUAGCUUCAUUGGCAACCAGGAAGACCGCAAGCAUUUGUUGUGUUGUUUCCGCACAGUUGUGUCAAAAUGCCGCCUAAAAAGAAAAAGGGGAAAGGAAAGGGCAAAAAGAAAGGCAAGAAGAAGGAUGAUGCCCAAUUGGAACUUGAAGAUAAAUACAAGCGGACAAUGGACGAGAUUGAGGCGCUUAAGGACCACCUGGCGGUACGGAAGCAGCUGACGAGGCGUGCCAAUGUGUCGAGUGACGGGUGGCAGCAGCGCAUGUCGACGGCGGAGAAAGACCUGGAAACCCACAAGGCAGACCAGCUUGCUAUCAACGCAGACAUGACGAGGCAGUACAAGACGAUGCAGACCGAGAUGGGGAUCACCAUCCACCAGUUGGAGACGGAGCUGGAGAGGACACAUCAGACACUCAAGAAGACGGAGGCGGAGCUGAAGAAGACGAAGGAGGAGAAGGAGAUGAUGAGGCGAGAGAAGGACAGCGAGAUCAACGACCUCAAGUUGAAGAUCAGCAGCAUGGAAAAGGCCUACGAGAACAUACUCAGGGAAGCUCUGGAGUCGCUGGAGGCUAAGAUUGACAUGGCCAAGAACAUGUGGGAGGAAAAGUCUACCCACAUUCAAGCCAAAAAUAAACAAGUCCUUCUAGAGUUUGGUCUGAACCCAUUAGAUAUCUAGAAUUUGGCCUACAUUCUCGGAACAUCUAAAACACCCAAUAAGCCUUGAUUCUCUGGACAUCUAGAACACCAAUCUGGACUUGAUUCUCUGGACAUCUAGAACACCAAUUUAGACUUGAUUCUCUGGACAUCCAGAACACCAAUCUGGACUUGAUUCUCGGGACAUCUAGAACACUAAUCUCGUCUUGAUUCUCUGGACAUCUAGAACACCAAUCUGGACUUGAUUCUCGGCACAUCUAGAACACCAAUCUCGUCUUGAUUCUCUGGACAUCUAGAACUCCAAUCUCGUCUUGAUUCUCUGGCCAUCUAGAACACCAAUCUCGUCUUGAUUCUCUGGCCAUCUAGAACUCCAAUCUGGUGUUGGUUCUAUAGACAUCUAGAGCAACUGUUUGGCCUUGAUUGUGGGUUUGAAUCCUGGUUUGCCCCGAUUAUGUUUCUAGGUUUGUCAGCACCAUACCCGUACUCGUGAGUUUCACCGAAGUGGUAAACGUCUGAGACCUGCAUCACUUCGGGCUUUCCUACGACAUUAAGCUGACACGCCACGAUAUAACUGGAAUAAUGUUAAAAGCGGCGUUAAACUCAACUCACUCACUCAUUGUCUUCUUCCAAUAUUGAUGCUAUUCCUGAUAUUCUUGUCCAUCCCAGCUUCAACAAAGUGAUCUUAGCACUAAGGUGAUCAUAACUCCCACACCUUAACAUAGAAUUAUCACAGUCGUAGCGCUAAGGUUGUUUCGUACAACCCCCUGGAGUUUAUAGGAUGCCAGUGAUACUGUAAGGCUGGAUAAUCAGUCAUAACGCAGAUCAUUUGGUGACUUAUACUACUCAACUUCUGAUAGGGACAGUUCUGUUAUUCCUAGAUAUAAACGGGGGCACGGGUGGCCCAGUCGUCUAAGGCGCCGCGAUUCGCUUUGCAGAGUUGCGUCCCUUGGGCACGCCAGAAACCUAUGAUUGUGGGUUCGAAUCCCGGUUCGCCCCGAUUAUGUUUCUA